AUGACAACCAGAAAUACCAAUAAUAAGUUGCCUUCUCGAAUGGCGGCAACCGAAGAACCGCCAAGUAAAAAAACUAAAUAUUCCAAACUCCGUAAUAUAAUACCAGAAGAAGAAAUAGAUGUUGACACUGAACCAGAAUUAACUCUUCCCGUUGCGAUUAAAAAUGAAGACAUCAGAGCAAUUGAUUAUUUAUUGAAUAAAAAAAUUGACGUUAACAUUAAUCAAAAAUCUUCUCCACCAGCUCUUGAUCUAGCCGUCGAAACACAAAACUCAGAAGUAAUUAAUAAGUUAGUUGACCAUAAAGACGAUAUUGACGUUAUUAAUGAAAAUAAAACAGCUUUACAUCUUGCUGUUGAACAAAUUAACAAAGCAAUGGUUGAAAUACGUCAAAAACCUAUAAUAAAUGAAAGAAAAGUAAACUUGAGAGAUCAAGGUCAUCCGACACAUCUUAAUGUGGCCAUCAAGUCUGGUUACUUCGAGAGACUUCGACUAUUAAUGAACUCUGUUGAAGAUAUCAAAGAAAUCGUUAGUAUAUUUCAUCCACUGUAUUAUGCAGCCCAAUAUAAUGCUGUCGAAGAAGCUGAGUAUCUAAUUACCCAAGGAGCUGAUGUUGAUACUUUUAAUAAUAAUUCAUCGUCGCCGUUUUAUCAAUGCACGCCAUUAAGCGUCGCGAUUAAUUGUGGAAGUUUUGAAGUGGCUCAAUUACUAAUAAAUAACCAAGCUAGCGUUCACACUCAGACAAAAUGGGGUAAAAAACCAAUAGACUUAGCUAUUGAAAAAGGCAAUUAUCGGAUAUUUAAAUUAUUAGUUGACUCCGGAGCGACUGUGGAUUUGUCUUACCAAGAUAUAAAUCGAUCACACUGGGCAGCUUAUCAUAAUUCAUUGGAUAUCGCUGAGUAUUUAUUUUUCAUAGGAGAUGAUAUUCAUUCUAGUUGUCUCCACAGAUUGUCAGACUUUUAUCAGUAUACUCCAUUACAUGUUGCUAUUCAGCAAGGAAGUUUCGAAGUUGCUCAAUUCCUUUUUAGUAAAGGUGCCGAUGUUAACAUUUGUGGAAAAAAUGGCGAAACACCGCUUACAAUUGCCAUUGAAAAGAAGAAUUCUGAACUAUUUCAGUUACUCUUCGAUGCUGAAGCUAAAAUACAUAAUUGUCCGAAUGAAGAUUCACCUUUACAUCAAGCUGUUGCUGAAAAUAAUCAUUACGUUACGAAGUUUUUACUCGAACGUGGAUUUGAUGUUAAUGUAAUAUUCAUUGGAAUAGCUGUGGAUCAAAGUAAUUAUGAGUUGUACGAGUUGUUAUUAAAAGCUGGUGCAGAUAUUAAUAAACCUACAAAUAUGACACUCUUACAUAGAGCUGUCGGUGUAAACAAUUAUCGUAUAGCUGAUGAUUUAAUUGAACGCGGUGCAGAUGUUAACGCAAUUGAUAGAUUUGAAACUUCAAAGUACCGUGGUUGCUCACCGUUACAAAUUUCAAUUAUGAAUGAAAAUAAAGAAAUCGCAUCAUUGCUUCUUGAAAAACAGGCAAAAGUUAAUGAUAAAAAGUUUGUUAAAACUCCACUUGGUAUCGCUUGCGAGUGCGACGAAACCUUACUUUAUCACGCAGUAAUUAGAGGUCAUAUAAAAAUAGUUGAGCUUUUGCUUGAAAAUGGUGCCAAAGUAAAUGCAGUUAAUGAUUCGGGUGAAACAGCUCUUAUCGCAGCGGUUCUAGGAAAUAAUUUGGAGCUGAUGAAAAUUCUAAUCAAUGCUGGAGCUCAGGUGAAUUUACGUAACAACAAACAUCAUUUACCAUUACACCGGGCAGUUCAGCGUAGAAAUUAUAGUAUUACUCGAUAUUUAAUCGAACAAGGAGCUGAUAUUAAUAGUGUUCGCUUUAACAGAACGCCACUGACUCGUGCUUGCUCCAUUGGGAGUAAAGAUAUAGCUGAGCUUUUGAUUAAAAAUGGAGCUGUCAUUGAUGAUGGAAGAGUAUGUAUGACAGCUCUCGGCAUUGCUUGUCAGCAGGCUGAUUUCGAAUUAGUUGAGUUACUAGUAAACUUUGGAGCGAGUGUUGAUUUUCUUUCCGAUGAUGCGACUCCGUUAUAUUGGGCAGUUAAAUCGAAAAAUUUGAAUUUUGUCAAGUAUUUUAUUGAUUAUGGAGUUAAAGAUAUUAAUGCUGGUCAUUGGGGUAAUACCCCAUUGUUCUUAGCAAUUGGAAAUCAAGACCUAAAUAUAGUUGAACUCUUACUUGAACACCGAGCUACAAUGGAAAAUAAUGGUCCUGUGGCUCUUGGAUUGGCUAUCAAGACUCGUAAUUUGAAAUUAGUUGAAUUAAUAUUACAUGCUGAGGGUUUAGAUAUAAAUGCUCCGGGUCUCGGUACUCAAACGCCAUUGGAAAUUGUGGUACAAGAUCAAAAUGUAGAACUGAUGAAGCUCUUACUUAAUUAUCGAGCUAAUAUUGAUUUUAUAACUAGACAAAGUAGGAAAUUUAUUUUUCAUGUUUUACACGUAGGAACUAUCGAAAUGCAGAAGAUAAUAUUAUCUGAAAAUAUUGACAUUAAUUGCAGAGAUAUUAAUGAUGAAACACUCUUAUUGACUGCUAUUAGAAAGAGAUCAUUUCGAAUAACUAAACUUAUACUUAUGAGAGAAGAUUUUGUCAAUAUUAAUGAUGUCGCCCAGGGCGAGUCUGCGCUUCAUGAGGCUGCUAAACAGGCACAUCCGUUGAUAUUGAAUCUUUUAUUAAAUGCUGGAGCUGAUGUUAAUCUUGGAACACAUGGUAAAAUUGAAGGCCGCUGGUUGGUCUAUAAUUAA